AUGAAACUAUGGACAGCUGGUGUCAUCAGACCAUCGCAGGUGAUUGACUACGAGGAGUUGCUGGCUAAAGGAACUACAUCAUUUAAUGUCGCCGUGACAGCGAACGAUGGGCGAGAAGAUUCGGUCACCAAAUACUUCACUUUAGCUGUCACAGACGUUAACGAACCACAGACGGGAUUUUCACAGACUACAUAUCAAAUUACAGGAGUAGAGACUACCACGACUUUCCCGGACCUCAAUCACACUUUGGCCAAUUCUGUGAUAGACGUUGACGACACACGUGACACACAGACGCUUACCAUGGACUGUGGGACCACAACGGUGUUGUUUGCUAUGGACCCCACCACGGGCCGCGUCACCAAGACCGAUGAAUACGAUCUCGACGCUACACAACAGACGACAGACACCGUGGCGUGCGUUGUGACAGCAACUGACGCAGCGGGACACACUGCCACAACAAACCUAAACAUCAUCAUCAAUGAGGAGAACGAUAACCCGCCCGUGCUGAAUCAGGACACGUACACUUACUUCCUGCCAAUCAACACUGGGGCGGGGUCACAGUUCGGGCCCUUCUCUUCCACCGAUGCCGACGUCCUGACCGACCACACCGAUACCACGUACACAUUGACUGGGGGGUCGGGGCUGUUUGGAUUUACGGAUUGCUGCAGGUACCUAAUCAUGGAUAUUACAUCAUUGUAUCUUCAUUCUCAAUGGUUGACUCAUAAUCACACUGAGGUCGGUAAUUUGUGAUAUUAACUCGGUGUUACUAUUGUUAGAAACACCCGAUGAAUAUUCUCUUUACGACGUCACUUCAAUUGUUACGUCAUAAUGCUGUCUG